AUGUCAGCACCAUUGACGGAUGAGGAGACCACAGAGUACAGCCGAAUCAUUGACGGCAUCCUCGCCGCCGCCGACCUCCAGACAGUUACCAGGAAAAAGAUUCGCCAAGGACUAGAGGCUGCGAUUGAGAAGGAUCUGAGCGAUCAGAAAGAAGCAAUCAAGAAGCUCAUAGAAGCGCGUUUCGACGCCGUAUCCGCCAACAAUGCCGAUGCAACGCCUCCCGAAACGAAUGGUUAUUCUCCAGAGGAUGGAGGCGAGGAUGGAGGCGAGGAUGGAGAGAUCCAAGUCUCGCUGCAGCCGGCCAAGAAAAAGGUGAAGCGCGAGAGCUCCAGUGAGGAUGCUGACCGUCGCCUCGCCGCCGAACUUCAGGCUCAAGAGAACGCACUUUCAAGAGCCCGUGUCACGCGCGGAGCUGGCACCACGAAACCAAAAGCAAAGCCCAAGGCCAAGGCUGCCAAGAAUAAGAGCGCCAAACGCGUGAGGUCCGAUGAUGACAGCGAGGUCGAGGACGGCGAGGAAAAGCCAAAGAGAAAAGCCGGAGGAGGCUUUCAAAAGCCAUUUAAUCUCAGCGAGGCUCUUGCGGAUGUGUGUGGCGAGCCACAGUUGUCGCGCCCACAGGUGGUCAAGAAGCUCUGGGACCAUAUCAAAGCCAACGAGCUCCAGGACCCCAACGACAAACGCAACAUUAACUGUGACGAAAAGCUGAGGGCUGUCUUCAGGCAGGACAAGAUCAACAUGUUCUCCAUGAACAAGCUCUUGGGCAGCCAGCUCUACCCCAUCGAGGAGGCCUAG